AGCAUGUCCUCUCCACCUCAUGUACCAACAUUUACACUCUCCAAUGGUGUCCAACUCCCCUCACUAGGCCUGGGAACUUAUCGACUCAAGGGAACAGAAUGCCGCGAGGUGGUCAAGAAUGCACUUAAAGUUGGGUAUAGGUUAAUCGAUACUGCUGCCGUCUACAAGAAUGAAAGUGAUGUGGGAGCGGCUGUACAAGAAUUGGUAAAUACUGGGGAAAUUACCCGGGAACAAGUAUUCAUUACGACCAAGAUAUCGCCCAAGGAUCAAGGAUUUGAUAAAGCGUAUGCAGCGGGAUUAACAUGUCUUUCCAACCUCGGUCUAUCUUACAUUGACCUCCUCUUAAUCCACUGGCCAGGCACACAAGGCCGCAAACCCACCGACCCCCGCAACACAACCAACCGUCAAGAAUCCUGGCGAGCCCUCGAAAAACUCUACAAAGAAGGCCGAGUCCGCGCAAUUGGUGUGAGUAAUUUCACAGUGGAACAUUUAAAAGGAUUAAUUAAAGUUGCCGAAAUCGUACCCCAUGUCAACCAAUUUGAAUUCCACCCUUGUCUAUACAAAACACAACACCCCCUCGUCACCUACUGCAAAUCCACUCAAAUCCAACCACAAGCCUACUCUAGUUUCGGUGAAGGCCACCUCCUCCACUCUUGUCUCAAUUUAAACACCAAGUGCACACGAGCGCAAAUCUUGUUGGUAUGGGCGUUACGUCAAUCCGUGGGAGUGAUUCCUAAAGCUAGUUCUUUGGAACGGUUGAUUGAGAAUUUGGGUGCUGUUGAAUUGGAUGAGGAUGUGGAGGGCUUAGAGGUUUUGGAUGGCGGGGAAAAGAGGUUUUGUUGGGAUCCUACAAGUGUUAUUUGAUUUGUUUUGUUUUAUGGGUGUGGUAUGGGUCUCUAGAUUUCUUGUGUUGAAUUUCCUUGAUGUUGCUUUGAUGGUUUGGAUAAAUAAGAUUAGAACACCGACCGCUUAUCGAUGUUUGUAUAUCCCAUGUCAUUACUUUUCUGCUAUUUAACUGUUUGGAACAGAG